AUGUUUCGUUUUCUUAUUCUUGUCAAUCUAAUUUGUUUUCCUGUAUCUUGCCAAACAACAGAAGAUACAAGCAUAUUCAUUCCUGAAAUCAGCACAUCUCAGUCAUGGCAACAGGAUACAACUGAGCAACCACUCAUCGAAUUAGGUACUGAUACAGCUGCAACACACGUUUGGCAACAAGAAACAACAGAACAACCAUUAUUAGAAUUGAGUACUAAUACCGAUGCAACACAUUCGUGGCAGGGUCAAACAACAGAAGAAAUAUUGGUAGAAAGAAAUUUUACAUCCACUGUCACAACAACAACAACCGCAACUAGUUCUACCUGUCCACCAAGUAUUACUCCCGAUAUGUUGGAAGCUGCCAAGAGAGAAAUCAUUGAUUCCAUUUAUUUGGCUAUUUCUCGGCAAGUAACUGGUAGAUUAGAAGCUAUUGAAGAACGUCUAUCGGCACUAUCGUGUUCAAGUGGUUCACCAUCACCACCUAUACAAUUAGCUUGGCAAAUCUAUGAGAAUCUUCAGAUUAAAUUAAACGGCUGGUUACUUGUUUUUGAUCAACCGUAUAGCCAUCGAACUCGCACGGAGGAUCUCAAUCAAAUUGCUGGCAUUUGUCGUAAUGACGUUCUUGUUGCUGCAUCUUUCAAUAAAACGAUCAGUGUAGCAGCUGUUGGUCCAGCAAAAAUCUUAACUUUAAAUACAACAUGGAAUCGACCGGAACAAUUCGGUCAAGUUUAUUGGUAUCGUACGAACGGCAAGUCAUUUGGCUUUUCACCGCUUUCGACCAUUCGCCAGACUUCAGGUGAUAAUGAAGAUUUAAGUAGUUCGUUGCGUCUUAGUUGGAUAUUAGAUCAAAAUACAGGAGGAUAUAGAGCAGGUACAACGCGUCUUCUAACCAACGACUCAAUUUGGCGUAAAUUAAACAUGUGGCAUCCUGAUGAUUUUAUGUUCGUGACUGAUAGAACACCGUUGACAUCUCUCUCGUUUCUCAUUUUUAUUUCAAUCGCCCAUUUUGUUAUUACACGCAUCUUAGAAAUCUAUAUGUCUAGUCGUAGUAAAUCGAUUAAUGUUCGUAGAUUUCAACGUUUCAACAACAACAUAAUUGGUAUUUAUUCAGCAACAACCUUUCUAGCCAUUAACGUUCUAGCAUAUCGUGAUGGUCGAUUCUCCUCUUGGAAUCGAUUAGUUUGUCAUAGACCUACUCCAACCGGCACGUAUGCUUUUGUUUGGUAUAUUUUUUAUCUCAGUAAACUAUGGGAAUUCAUGGAUGUCUAUUUGGUUAUUUUAAAUAAAACGCCAGUAUUACCUCAUUUUCGUUGGCAUCAUCAAACUACACCAUCAGUUGUAUUAGCUGGUUUACGUGGUGAUAUUUCCUACGAAUGGCCAAUCCUGGCUUCUAAUACGCUGCUGCAUACAUUUAUGUAUCCACAUUUUGCGGGCUUAUGGAAUGUUCAUAAAGUAUUGGUUAUCUUAGGUGCCUGGCAAUUGCUUGUUGGUAUUGGUAUUAGUAUCUAUGCGUUAAUAGCCGGUUGUGGUGGAUCAUUCUAUGCUCAGAUAUGGGGCUUGUUCAUGUGCAUUACCUAUGCGAUUGGUUAUCUUAAUGAACAUUUCCAUUUAUUUGAUCGUUGGAUACCUUCACGUCCGACUAUAAAAACGUCCUAA